AUGAGGCCAGUUAACGAAGGUGAUCCAAAGUCGAUGGAUAAAUUUGCUGAUGCCCUUGAAAGAACCAUCGUUGUUUUGAAAAAUAACAGUCUUCACGCGGACUUAGGGGGCGGAACCCUAUAUGGAAUCGUGGUCGAAAAACUGCCCGAGAAUUUGCUUAAAGAGUAUUAUCAUUGGGUCAAGGAACAAGGAAAGAACGAAACAAUGGUAACUCUAAACGAAUGGGUGGCCGUGGAAGCGGAUUUGCAAACUCAAGCGUCGGAGGUGAAACAUGGCUUUACUCGGAAAUAUGAAGACAGCAAGUGGUCGCGGCAAGACAGGAGAAACAACAAAUCAUACGGCGCGAGUCUACAAGAUGGCAAGAAGAUCAGUAACGAAAUCGAGAGAAAAGGAAAAUUGUGCAGAGCUUGUGGAGAAACGCACCAUCUCGAGAAAUGCAAAGUGUUUACUGGAUGGUCUUUUGAAAAGAAAUGGGAGGCAGCGAAACGAUUUGGAGUGUGCUUUUGUUGUCUGGAUUACAACCAUUUAGGACACCAGUGUCCAAAAAGUAAAGCCUGUGAUGUCGCUGGAUGCAAGAAAACACAUCACCCUCUGUUGCACGAAUCACAACCCGGACAAGAAACAAAGGUACCCAGCAUGGAGGGGGAUACACAAACAACGACUCUAAACACCAUCGAAAGACACGAAGAGAGGAUUAUUGCACUUCGUACAGUCCCUGCAAUUCUCAAACACGGAAAGAGGCGAUUAUUAGUGAACUGUUUUCUUGACGAGGGCAGCAACACCACCUACGUAAAUGAAGAUGUGAUCGAGACGUUAGGAAUUAGUACAGAGAAAGAAGAAAUCACCAUCAAUGUAGCAAACGAUCAGAAGAUACGACUUAUGGCUGCUACUCUUGAAAUUGGCCUAGAAAGCGUUGAUGGAAAAGUCGAUACAACGAUCGUGGUGAAAACCAGUGACAAGAUUUGUGGAGGAAUGAAACCUACCGACUGGGUAACAAUGAAGCAACAGUGGAAUCAUUUAAAGGACAUUCCUUUCCCACACCUCGCAGAGAAAGGAGUUAUCGAUGCUUUGCUCGGAUCGGAUUACUAUCACCUGAUGUUUCCCAUGCAGGAAAUUCGAGGUCAGGAAGACGAACCAGCCGCUAGACUUUGUCCUUUGGGCUGGACCGCUAUCGGAAGAAUCGGAAAAUCGACACAACCGAGAGGAACAGCAUGUGUCAACACUGGCUACUUACAUACGUUCCGUACGUGUGCACAGCAAUUAACCCCAGACAUCGUUACUGCAUCGGAUGAAGAUUUGAACGUCACACUCAAGCGUUUCUGGGACCUCGAAACACUCGGCAUCGUCCCACAGAGUCAAGAAGAAAACGAGUUGACGCCCCUGAAGAAGAUAGCCCAGAAAAAGGUUGAACAGUCGCUGUCAUACAACGGUGAUCGGUACGAAGUUUCAGUACCGUGGAAACAAGAUCGACCUAACCUGCCAAACAAUCGACAGAUGGCCGAGAGAAGAUUACAGCUUGUUGAAAAGAAACUUCAGAAGGACACGCACGACACGGGUCAUGCAAUUUAUCAAGAACUGUAG